AUGCGCCUAGGAUACGUCGAUCAGACCCUUGUAGGGUCUGGAAAGUUCGACAAAGCCGCUGUAUUCUCAGCAGCUAGUGACGCAGUGUGGGCAGCCAGUCCAGGAUUCAAGGUCACUCUUGAGGAGGUCCAAAGGUUGAUGCAUGGCUAUGUCGACACUAUCCCGCUUUAUGCCGGUGGGCUGCACAUCGGAGGAGAGAACUUCCAAGUGAUCAAAGCAAACGAACGAAGUAUUUACGCAAAGAAGGGCCGAGAAGGAUACUGUGCAGUUAAAACGAAGACUGCAAUUGUGCUUGCCCAUUAUCCAGACACGGUAGACUCAGAUGAUGCAGCAACUAUUGUUGAGAAACUGGCAGCCUAUUUGGUUAGCAUAGAAUACUAG